AUGACCACUACUAACAAAUCGAAGAUACCUAGCAUUCGGUCAGCUUCGGUGGGAACAAGAGGGGCAUUGCCUGGACGGGCGAUGUCGCCUGCAACUCGCGCGACGACGACGCCUACGGGUACUUCACGACUCCCUCGUCGCCCUCAAAGCGACAAGCCACUGCCCAGUCCGCCUAUCGCGCAGGUUGUAGAUCCGAACUCGCCUCCCAAGGCUUCACGCACAUUAGUGGACGCUUUCACUCCGAGCCCGACCUUGAAAGAGUACCCAGUUCUGCGCCCAGAGAACAUUCCCCCUCGUCUGAGUUCCAAAAGGAGCUCGCUCCCAACGCGAAGCCCAGUCGCCGCUCGCUCGUUUGUUUCUACCAAUGGAGACGAGGGUACUCGCGUGAAGCGACUAUCCUGGCAUUCGUCGGGCUCAGGUUCCAGCUCAGGAACUGGUCCUAUCCUAACCAUCUCUGGCGAUGCAGAUGCCAUGAUUCUAGGUCAACGCGACUCAAUCCCGGCCGUACCUGCUAUACCUUUGGUCCUCCCGGAGCGUACUACUCAGCCGCGGUCUUUCAGCGCUCUCACUAGCCGCAUUUCCAAGGCGACAACAUCCCGAGCAGAAUUGACUAUCGCGACAGCGUCACCGGUACCAAGCACGAAAGAGCUCACGGCAAAUGGAAGUCCAGUCGUUAAGAUCAGCCCCAUUCGAUCGAUGCAGCCGCCGAGGCAGCCUAGCUUAGAUGCCAAUUCUCCCAGAUCGCCUUCGUCAGUAUAUUCGACAUUGCCGGAUGCCGAACGGAGUGUCUCAUCGGUAUCAGACAGGUCUACAACACCUACGCCAGAGCCCAAGUUACCUGCUCCACCGCUUCGAGACCCGCCCGAGCCGCCAGCUAGUCCUGUAGAAGAACUGCCUGAGGAGAUCUCUGAGCUGACGAUCACAUCCGAAUCCGAUGAUCUCCUCAGUGUGAGCAAGGUUAGAAAGACAACAUCGACGCAGGGGGAUGUAAGUCCCUCGCUGGGUUCGUUCGAUCGUCCUGGAAACAAUGUCUCGGCCUCCAACAUCAGCACUGUCGAAUUGAGCUCGCCAUCCUUGUCUCGAGUUAAGCAUUCACGCGAUACGGCUCGCACCCCAGAUUCUCUCAAGCCAGAGGUCUCGGGAACAGCCAGAUCGAUCAGCAUCGAUAUCCCGUUGGGCUACGGAACGCCUAAGAAUCGUCCGUCGCGUCGCCAGCCAUACACACCCAUGGUCUCAUCUUCCUCUCCAGAUGACACCACUCCGGAGAAUCAAAACAAGGAAGCGUUAGCGACGAAAGUCAAGGCCAAACGCAGUAUUCUUGGCUUGUUCAAUCGCGAAAAGGCACGCGUCAAAACACCAGAGACGGCAGUUUCCAAGCAAGGAUUCAUGGGUGCUACACGAAGUUCGCUCGCCAAGGUCAUGCGCGAUUCUAAGAGUCUAUCCAAGGUCCAUCUUCCAAGAAAGACUGCAUCGAGGUCAGAGAUUAGGUCGGAUCGUACGGUCAAUAAGAAGAGCAGCCAGACAGGCACGUUCACUGCGCCUGAUAACGGCAGAGUGUCCCUGGUACAGGAAGCAGUUCCCGAGAAGCAAAAAAACACAACCGAGAUGCUCCACGAUAUGGUCGAUCGCAUAGAAGCGGGUCCUAAAGACUCGCCAGAGCGUCUGCGCCACGUACAGAUCGCAGAGUGCAUCAUCCUGGCCGCUGAAUACACUCGUAACGCCAGCAUCAGUGCUUUGGAGGCGAAGAAGAGUGCCCGCGACGCGGAACUUCAUGCAGAUCGUGCUGCGCUUGAGUUUGCGCGAUUGAAUACGCUACUUCACGGAGCAGAGAUUGACGCCCGUUCUAUGAAGUUCAUUAGAAGUCUGUUCACGAAUGCUGCUGCCAGUGAACCUGAGGAAGAGACACGCUGA